GCGGUGCAUUGUGGGCCGGGGGAGUCCUCUCGCCUCCCACAAUGCUUUGCGCCCCUCCGCCUCAGCGGAGCGCUCCCAGUAUGGACCAGUUCAUCGUACUGGGCCGCGUUGGGGAGGGCGCGCACGGCGUCGUCUUUAAAGCCAAGGAUAGGGAGACGGGGGAGUUGGUGGCUCUGAAGAAGGUUCCUCUGCGUCGCCCCGAGGAGCCGCUGCCCCCCCAGACCCUGCGCGAGAUCAAAGCCCUGCGCGAGAUCGGGGACCACCCCCACGUUGUUCGGCUCCGCUGUGCCUUCGCCCAAGGUCCUGCUAUCGUCUUGGCCUUUGAUUUCCUGGUGGGCGAUUUGGGGGGGCUCCUACGAGCGACCCCCACCCCGUUGUCCCCCCCUCGCGUCCGAGCCCUCGUGGCCAUGACCCUGCGGGGCCUGAGCCAUUGUCACCGCCUGCACGUGCUGCACAGGGACCUGAAGCCGGCCAACCUGCUGCUGGACGCCCGGGGGUGGCUAAAACUGGGCGACUUCGGGCUGGCCCGCGUGCUGGCCCCCCCCGGCGCACGGCCCUACAGCCACCAAGUGGCUACCAGGUGGUAUCGAGCUCCCGAGCUGCUUUACGGCGCCCGACACUACGACGAGGGAGUCGAUUUGUGGGCGGUGGGCUGUAUUUUUGGGGAGCUGCUGAAUUUGUCCCCCCUGUUUCCGGGCGAGAACGACAUCGAGCAGCUCUGCUGCGUCCUACGCGCUCUCGGCACCCCCAGUCCCCGCGCCUGGCCCGAGCUGUCGGCGUUGCCGGAUUUCCCCAAGAUCCGUUUCCGUCGCGUUGCGGCGCCGCCGUUGGAGCUUUUGGUGCCGGGAGCCGAACCGCUCGCCCGCGACCUCCUGCGACGCCUCCUGCGCUACCCGGCGCGGAGCCGCCCCCGCGCCCACCAGGCGCUGCUGCACCCCUAUUUCUUCGGCCCCAUGGAGCUGAGCCCCCCCCCACUACCGGGGGGCCCCCGCGGGCCCCCCCCCUUCCAGCUGGACACCCCCAUACUGCCCUCCCUGCCCCCCCCCGACGCCCUCGGCCCCCCCGCGCCCCGGGGACCCCCCCGGAGUACCCCCACUCUUGGGGACCCCCCCUGA